AUGAAGAUGUUGAUGCGUACCUUCCUGUUUCUUUCACUCCUCACUACUGUCGCCUUUACAACGGAGGCUUCAGUGGUGGACUUUUGCGUCGCAGACCUGAGUUUGCCUAAUGGACCAGCAGGUUUCUCUUGCAAAAAUCCUUCUCAAGUGGUUGCCGAGGAUUUCUUUUACUCCUUGGCCACUAAAGGCAACACUAACAAUGUCUUCCGGACAGGGGUGACCCUUGCUUUUGCUCCCGAUUUUGCUGGUGUGAACGGCCUGGGAAUCUCCCUUGCCCGUGUGGAUAUAGAGGGAUUGCUGCAUUUCCAAUAUAACAUUGGUAAGAUACCUGCAGUGCUCUAUGUAAGCUUUGGCAGCGACAACCCGGGUAUCCAGGUACUAGAUUUCGCCUUAUUCCUGAAUGAUUUGCCGACUCCAAUUGUGGCCAACACCACAUUGCUUGCUAUCCGAGAAGUCAAGAGGCUCAAGAAGUUGUUUGGUGGAACUAAUUAA